CCGCCUAUAGUUACUUGAAACGCCGCCGCAGCAGCUGCUGGGUUCUAUUCUACUUAGUUCUCGGCUCAUCUCGGAAAGAGAACUUCGGAAGUUUGUUUUCUAUCCGGCUUGCUCCAUCUUUGGCGCCGAUCGUUUCGUUUGUCGGUCAAAGUCGGUCAAGAGAACACCGCGCAAACACGUGGAUCAGCGGAUCAAACGGUCGAAUAUUUAUUGCACAUAUGAAAUCUUUAGCAAGUGAAGUUGCAUGAACUGAUGUUUCGUUCCUGACUCAAAAAAGCCACUGAACUGAGUGAUUUUUUAUAGUUUAGAAGUUCUUAACCGUAGUUGUUGAAAGUUUGUUCUGGAUUCCUAACAAUUUUGGAGCCAAAAUCUGCAAAAUGAAGUGCUCCAAACGACACCAGCAAUGGAUUGUGCUGAACGUACUGAUGUUUCUACCUUGGGCCUCAUGCGGACGAAUCGAAUUUGACAGCAAUAGUGAGGAAGAAUUCCAACCCAGAAGUCGAUCGAUAUACUUCCCCGAUGACGAAGAUCGACCCGUUCGCUCAUCGUACCGGGGAAAUGCAAUCCGGGAUCAAGGCUACACGACCAGCCGGUAUCGGCGGGUGAAUGGGGGUUCGAAUCCGGAUUUCUUUUUCGAUUAUGCCCGGGAUGAGGCCGAAACUAGAAGGCAUCCUCCGACGGAUAAUUCCGUGUACAGCGGAAGGGAUACUCGGCCACGGACGACGACCACAACCACAACGACAACGCCGGCUCCUAGGGCACCAGAAUUCUCCUAUCAGGAUAAGGACAAAAACGGUCCAUCCAAUUGGCACAGGAAUGCUCCGCAGUGCGGAGGCCGAUAUCAGAGUCCUGUGAUGUUGAACUCGACCAGUGCCCUGUUUGUGAGAAACAAGCGUCCACUUCAGUUGAUCGGUCAAACCAACCAGCCACUGUCGAUCAAGCUGGCAAACGAUGGUCAUUCUGCGAAGUUUACAUUUGUCUGGAAUGAGGGAGAACGUCCGUACAUUCGGGGUGGCCCUUUGAAAAACAAAUACUUUUUCGAACAGUUCCACUUCCAUUGGGGCGCCAAUAACUCGAUCGGAUCGGAACACGUUUUGGACUAUAGACGUUUCCCACUGGAGGUACAUCUGGUGUUCUACAAUGGUCUGUACGAAUCGUUUGACGCAGCAAAGGAACAGGUAGAUGGCCUGUCUGUAAUGGGGCUGUUCUAUACCAUCGAUGACGAGUACGAGGAACAACCGAACCAGUGGACUCGAUUCCUGCGAGAAGUUAUUGAACCAGGUUCCGAGUACAACGUUUCCUACAUCGAUUCAUUCUCGGUGUACGAUGUCAUUGGGGACAUCGAUUGGACGUACUUUUCGUACGAGGGUAGCCUGACUACACCUCCGUGCCUGGAGACGGUGACCUGGAUCGUGGCCGCCAGACCGUUACCAAUCAAGUCGAAAGAACUUCGAGAGUUCCGAUGGCUGCGGUCGAGAUCUGGAGCGAUGGCCAACAACUUCAGACCGGUGCAAAAACUGUUCAACCGACGGGUUUUCCUCUAUUAGGGCUUUUCCCGGGAGGAAGCCACCCCUUGCAUUUCUCAAUUCACGCAACAAUGUGCUUCUCUAAUCCAAAGAACAGGCGAACGCUAAUUGCUGAUGGGCUAUCGUCAUCCAAUGGUCUCAAAAGAUAGUAUUCCUGUAGGUUAAGAAAAUUUAUUUAAAAAUAUUUAUUUACCACAAGAACCAAGCAUUCCGAGGCUUCCGUUUUUUUGUAUAAGGUUAGAAAUAUCAUAAGUCUCAUUUUGAAAUGUUGUGCCUUCGAACAUAUCUUUAAAGGAAAUAAAUGUAUUUUCAUGUAUAA